CUUGUUUUUUUUUUUUUAUCCCGCUUAAAAUAAAAAAAAUGCCAAAAAUUCCUUUUCAUUUACUACCACUUCCAAUCAUCAAACACCCCAUUCGUCUCUCUCCUUCUCUUCUCUUUACUCCGAGAAAUUCGCUACUUCGGACAGCGAAAUUUUGAAUGAACAAUGAGAUGGGAUCAUCGGAAUCCUAAUUCCCUGUUUGGCUCUUCAUUUUUUUCUCUAAAUGCUCUUUUAUAUGAGGCCUCCCUGACUACCUCCGUUUUUCCCGGUAUUUUUUUUCUUUUUAUUUCAAACCCUGACUCAGAUUCAAUUCCAUUUCAAUUUUCUUAAAAAAAAAAGUUUUUUCUAGCCUUACGGGAGUUUUAAAAAAGGAAGGGUUUUUUUUUUUAAAUUUUGUUUUAGCAAUUUCGUGUUUGUGUUUGGUGGUGUCAGUUAUUUCUGUUUUUUCGCAAUCUCCGUAGGAAAAUUCGCGUUUUUUUUUUGUUAUUGGUUGGUUUGUUUUACUUGGCUUAGUCUUUUAUUUGUUACUAUGUUUGUGGGUUUCUGGUUUUGCCCUGUUUUUGGAAUGUUGAUGGUGAUUUUAGUGUCUUGUAUCGGUUAAGAUCCCUGGGCUUUCACAAGGUCAUCUUCCAAACAAUCUCAGAUUCUUUCUUUCUUUUUUUUUUCCCCUUUAACAAUACUAUUUUGAUUUAACUGUUUCUUUUCUUCUGUUGAGAAUGUUGAAUUUUCAGGUUUUUUUUAUUUGAUGAGAUGUCUAAAUCAAAUUGUUUAAAUCCAAUCAUAUGUUUUUUUUAUUUCUUAUAGGAAAUCUUCUUUCCUCGUUCGGCCUUCAGAUGUUCGGUGAAAUGUCUAAAUCAAAUCAAAAUCAAAAUAAAAAAAUCUGCAAUUCCAUUUGUCUUCCAUAUAGAAUUUUGUUUUUCAUUAUUUUGAAUUCGCAAUGAUGGUCAGAUCAAUAGCUUAUUCAAGAAUUCUCAAAUUGCCUGGAAUAUUUCUUUUAUAUGGAAGUCUUUUCCUUACUCAUUUCACGUCUGUGAUCUUUAUUUUUCAUACGACGCAUAUGGAAGAGGAAAUGUUUGAGAACUGUGACUUUUUUCUGAAUAUUACUUAUAUUGUUUGUAUAAAGAAGGAACUAUGGAACUGAGACUAAUAAGUCAUUUGCUUUGUCGUGGUGCAUCUUUUUAAGAAAAUUGAAGAACAUAAAGCUUGAUUUGCAAUUCAACCACAGAGGGGUUGAGAAAUUUUUUAUUGGUAUUCGUGAUGCCUGGUUGGUAACAAAUUUUUGUGUCGAAGAGAAAGAAAAAGGGUUUUCAAGAUUGUUAUGUUAAGGGAAUAAAACUUUAGUGUUAUCCAUUUGAUGUAGAUUGGCAUUUUAGUGGUUUCCUGCAGUGAAUGCUAAAUUAUGGAUAUUUCUGAGGUUGAAGAGAACCUAUUUGCAGCUAGUGAUGCCAAGUUACAUGGAGAAAUGUGCAAGACACUUUCAGCAAUUUAUUGCAAAGUCUUGUCGAUAUUCCCUUCUUUGGAAGCAGCAAGGCCUCGGAGCAAAUCUGGCAUUCAGGCUUUAUGCUCAUUGCAUAUAGCUCUAGAGAAGGCCAAAAUUGUUCUCGAACAUUGUUCAACAUGUAGUAAACUUUACUUGGCAAUUACUGGAGAUUCUGUUCUUUUAAAAUUUGAGAAGGGAAAAUAUGCUCUUAUUGAUAGUCUUAGGCGUGUAGAAGAUAUAGUUCCACAGUCCAUUGGAUGUCAGAUUUUAGAGAUUGUAAGUGAACUUGAGGGGACUGUUUUCACACUUGAUCCAUCUGAGAAGCAAGUUGGUGAUGAAAUAAUUACACUACUCCAGCAUGGGAGAAAAUUUGAUGAUUGUAAUGACAACAAUGAGCUUGGGUCCUUUCACCAGGCUGCUUCUAGACUUGGUAUCACUUCUUCUAGAGCAGCCCUAAGUGAAAGAAGGGCUCUCAAGAAGCUGAUAGAAAGAGCUCGUGCAGAGGAGGACAAGAGGAAGGAAUCUAUUGUGGCUUAUCUUUUACAUCUCAUGAGAAAAUACUCCAAGUUAUUUCGAAGUGAGGUUUCAGAUGACAAUGACUCGCAGGGUUCAACACCUUGUUCCCCCACUGUUCUGGGCUCUCUUGAGGAUGGAGGGGCUGGUAGUAAUGGCCAAGCAUUUGAGCGGCAGCUAUCAAAGCUCAGUUCUUUCAAUUUCAAGCCAAAUAUUAGGAGAUUUGGGCAGAUAGCCCUUCCACCUGAAGAAUUACGAUGUCCAAUAUCAUUGCAGCUUAUGUAUGAUCCAGUUAUAAUUGCCUCUGGACAGACAUAUGAAAGGAUCUGCAUUGAGAAAUGGUUUAGUGAUGGGCAUGACACCUGCCCAAAGACUCAACAGAAGCUUCCACAUCUCUGUUUGACUCCUAAUUACUGUGUUAAGGGUCUCAUUGCUAGUUGGUGUGAACAGAAUGGAGUUCCUAUUCCCGAUGGUCCCCCAGAGUCUCUUGAUCUUAACUACUGGAGACUGGCCUUGUCUGAGUCUGAAACUGCAAAUUCAAAAUCAAUGGAUAGUGUCAGUUCAUGCAACUUAAAGGGGGCUAAGGUGGUUCCUUUAGAGGAGAGUGGUACCAUUGAGGAAGUGGAAGGAGAUGAGGCUGAAAAUCAAUCUCCAUGUCCACAGGAGGAAGUUUCUGAGCUUAAUGUGCUAGAAAGAUAUCGGGAUUUCCUAUCAGUCUUGAAUGAAGAAGAGAACUCAAGUAAAAGGUGCAAAGUUGUGGAACAAAUAAGGCUUUUGCUGAAAGAUGAUGAGGAAGCCAGGAUUUUUAUGGGGGCUAAUGGCUUUGUUGAAGGAUUAUUGCAAUUUCUAGAGUCUGCUGUGCAUGAAGGGAAUGCAAUGGCUCAGGAAAUUGGGGCAAUGGCUCUCUUUAACCUUGCUGUCAACAAUAACAGGAACAAGGAAUUGAUGUUAGCAGCUGGAGUGAUUCUAUUGCUGGAGGGUAUGCUUUCCAACUCCAAUGCCCAUCAAUCGGCAACUGCUCUCUAUCUUAAUCUUUCUUGCCUUGAGCAAGCCAAGUCUAUCAUAGGCUCAAGUAAGGCUGUCCCAUUUUUAGUCCAGCUACUUGGAGCUGAAAAUGAUCCUCAAUGCAAGCUUGAUGCCCUUCACACUCUUUACAACCUAUCUACCGUGCACUCCAAUAUUCCGAGCCUUCUUUCUGCUGGCAUAGUCAAUGGCCUUCUGUCGCUUGUGGUCUCGGGUGACCACGCCUGGACAGAGAAAUCCAUCGCAGUUUUGCUAAAUUUAGCUUCAAGUCAAACAGGAAAAGCUGAGAUGGUAUCAGCUUCUGGUCUCAUAAGUGGUCUGGCAUCAGUUUUGGAUGCUGGCGAAUUGAUUGAGCAAGAGCAAGCUGUUUCAUGCCUUCUACUUCUUUGUAACGGAAAUGAGAAAUGUAGUCAAAUGGUCCUACAAGAAGGUGUGAUUCCUGCAUUGGUGUCAAUUUCAGUAAACGGGACAACAAGAGGGAGGGAGAAGUCGCAAAAACUUCUGAUGCUCUUCCGGGAGCAGCGGCAACAAGAUCAUCCGCCUACAGGCAUACACCAGAGAGUAGAAAGCAGUCAGGAUCCCAUGGCUGCUCCAGUCCCAGCCCGAGAAUCCAAGCCAUUUUGUAAAUCGGUAUCAAGAAGAAAAAUGGGAAAAGCCUUCAGCUUUCUGUGGAAGAGCAAGAGCUACUCUGUUUACCAGUGUUAAAGCGUGGCAAGCUAUUGUAAAUUUGCCUUGUAUCUUCUUCUCUAUUUCUCAUGUCCUGUUCCGAUGGACAGUAUUUAUCUAUUUCUUUUCGGAAAUCAUAGAGAAGCAAAAAAUGUACAGGCCCUUUGUAAUCUAUGGAUUUUUGCGUUUUCUCCACUUGUGGGUAGGAAUACAUGUACCAUCAGCACGUAUGCCAUAAUUGAGGGUUAAAUUCAUCUUCAAAAAGCCUGGCAGGCAGUUGCUCCACUUGAAUAUUUAUAUUAUGGACUACCAACACCAAUGAUUACGAGGUAGGUACAGAUUUAACAUUCAAUUUACAGAUGGUAGCUCAUUAUGUGUCAAAUAUGGAAUCCUGUAAAUUGUCAGACGAUGCAGGUUAGGUGCCCCCCAGGUUCGUUUGUGAAAAUUACCAUUUCUUUUAUAACUAAAUAACUAAUCACUAAUCUGUAAAAUAGAGAAAAAAAAAAAAGUAGUUAGGAGUAGGGGGGAAUAAAUUUACCACUUUUUUGAUUUUAUAUUAUCUUUAGACUGAAAACUUAACUGGCCCGUCUAGCUCAGUC